ACUGUCUCAAAGCUACAACCAUAAAAUCAUUAAAGCUAAGCCCCUUUAUCAUCAUCGUCCCCAAUAGGGUUUUACUAGGGUUUCUAUUUCACACAUACACUUGCACACAUAUUCUCCGUUCAACAUGUCUCCAAUUUCCGGCCGUCACGGGCCGUCGGAGCUAACGGCGGAGGGAAUCGCAGCCUCAGGCCUCACAUCCGAAAAACUAAGCUUACCAAAUCUACAAUCAAAGAUGAAAUGCGAUCCAGAAGGUUACGAAUCAGAACUAACGUUAGUAUACAAUCAAUUCAAAUCCUCAAUGGAACUAUUCGAACAACAAGCCGCACUUAAUUUCACUUCCCUUAGCGGUGUGUCCACUGACCCUACGGUUUCAAAGGACUUAGGUGAACGUGCGAUGUUUUUAUCACACGUUACGCCUUUUUACCCUAAACAGCUCGUUAAUUUCCCUAAAGAGUUAGCUCAGUUGCUUCGUUCUUCGGCGAGGACUUUGCCUUCUGGGUUACGUGUUCAUGUUACUCAAGCUCUGAUUUUGCUACUUAAUCGAAAGAUUGUUGACAUUGGGGAGACACUUGCAUUGUUCAUGGAGCUCCAGACUCUGGGGGAUAGGGUUUUGAGAAAAUUGGCUUUCUCACAUAUUGUCCAUAGUAUUAGACGUUUGAAUCAGAAGCACAAGAAUGAUACAAAGAAUCGGGCACUUCAGAAUAUUUUGUUUGCCUUGCUACAGCAAGAGGAUGAAGCGAAAGCAAAAAGAGCACUCAUCACACUUUGUGAACUUCAUCGGAGAAAAGUGUGGUUUGAUGAUAGAACAGCAAAUGCUGUAUGUUCGGCAUGCUUUCAUUCAUCAUCGAGGAUUAUGGUUGCUUCUUUAUCCUUUAUUCUUGAUUAUGAGAAAAUUGAAGACGACUCAGAUAGUGAUAUGGCAGAUAGUGAAGAUGAGCAGACAGCCACUCAGCCUCAGGUUGUGGUAAAUAAAGAGGCUAUUUAUAAGGCAAAUAAUAAGGGUACAUCAGCCAGCAAAAGGAAAAAGCAAGCAAAGUUGCAGCGUGUCGUCCGCAGCAUGAAGAAGCAGCAGCGCAUGCAAUCUGACAAUAACAGCACUGGUUAUUCUUCCCCAUUAAACCACUUAAAGGAUGCACAGGGAUUUGCUGAAAAGCUGUUCUCACGUCUUCAGACUUGCAAUGAGAGGUUUGAGGUUAAGAUGAUGAUGCUGAAAGUAAUUGCCCGAACAGUUGGGCUUCAUCACUUGAUUUUGUUGAACUUUUAUCCUUACCUUCAGAGAUAUGUUCAGCCCCAUCAGCGUGAUGUGACAAAUUUGCUUGCUGCAGCAGUUCAGGCAUGUCAUGAUAUGGUGCCUCCUGAUGCAGUUGAACCAUUAUUUAAACAAAUAGUCAAUCAGUUCGUGCAUGACCGUUCAAGACCCGAGGCUAUAUCUGUUGGAAUCAAUGUAAUUCGAGAAAUAUGUUUACGCAUGCCUUUGUUGAUGACAGAAGAUUUGCUGCAAGACCUUGUGUUGUAUAAAAAAUCAAAUGAGAAGGCAGUUUCGUCAUCGGCUCGAUCACUUCUUACUUUGUUCAGGGAGGUUUGCCCUUCACUUCUAGUUAAGAAGGAUAGAGGACGCCCUACUAACCCAAAAGCAAGGCCUAAGGCAUUUGGUGAGGUUAGUGUUGCCAGCAGCAUUCCGGGCAUUGAGUUGCUGGAGCAGGAGGAUACUGACGGUGAUGAUGAUAUAGAGGAAGGAUCUGUUGGCUUGUCUGACCAUGAUGAUCAAAGUGAUGAAGAUGUUGACCCUGGCGAAGAUGAUGCUUCCGAUGGUGAAUCUGGUGACUCUAGUGGUUAUGAUUGUGAAAUUGAUGAUGCAUGUGAUACUGAUGAACAUGACAAAGCGCAAGCUGCUGAAGAAUUCUCAGAAAAUGAUGAUGCCAUUGAUAGUGCUGAUGCCACUGAAGAUGAUGAGAGUGAUGGUGAAGAAGAGGAUAUUGAUGACAGUAAAAUGCAGGAUAAUAAUAGCUGGGCUUCUGAAGAGGAUGAUGUGGAUGAAAAGGAAUCUAAAGGAAUAAAAAGGAAAAUAUCUGAUAUUGAUGUAAAUGCCGCCAGUAAUAGCCUUCGUGCUUUAAAGAAAUUAGCAGGGGCGAAAAUGGAACAUAACUCCUUGAAUAUGGAGGAUGGUAUUCUAUCUAAUGAGGACUUCCAAAGAAUCAAAGAACUCAAGGCUAAAAAGGAUGCGAGGACUGUUUUAGCACAACAUGGAUUUAAGAUUCCCAGCUCUGACCAGCUUAGUACUAAAAGAGUUGAUGCUGCUAAACUUGAGGCUAACAUACGAAAGAAGCUUAGCAAGGAAGAACGACUGGCGAUUAUUAGGGCUGGCAGAGAGGAUAGAGGGAGAUACCAGGCUAAAACAGCUCUGAAAAAGAAGAAGACGGGUGGUUCAAGCAAUCGGCAAAAAGAGAGCAAAAAACGCAUGCCAUCCGCGGCAAAGAAAGCCAAGGUAGCAAGAUCUAAGAUAGACAAAAAGAGGAAACAACAACGCGCUGGCAAACAAUUUCGAGGGAGAAAAGCUUGGAAGUAAAGUGAAGACUAGCUUUCUUCUCUUCAAUUUUGUCAAAGAAAAAGCAGAGAAGCUGAAAAUGUACUUGCUCUAUUAUUGGUGUAAUUUUAUUUGAUUGUGCAAUUUUGAUCCUAAUUUAUUGGAGACAAAAAAUAAUGUCAGAGAGUAAAUUUUUAUUUGAAAGAGCAGAGCGAUUUUUUCUCUUUGCCUGUACAACUUUUAA